AUGAGCGACACUGACGAGACCAAAAACAAAAAUCAGACUAAUCAACAACCAACUGUCGGUGGCUUACCGAGACCUUUAACCCCCAACAACAUUGCUGUCAUAUAUGCUCCUGCAACAGUAUCAAGACCCCGGGCCUUUUCCACUUCUAUUCUUCAAUUGACACAAUUUGGCCAACCUGCUCCUUCAUCUCGUUUCCUCUUCCUUAAACAUUUCAACUAUACUUACAGCUCUACUUCUUCAUACCCUUGUCAUACAUCUCUACCGUGGUUGCACCACGUUCAUGAAACCUUAAUUGAUUGUGUCACUGAUGAAGGUCUAGCCGGCCUCAAAUACGAGCCUUCCGUAGAUUACGACAAUCCUAUACGAGCUGAUUAUUUUCUUACUACGAUUACUCUAUCUUUCGGUACAGCUCAUACCGAAAGAGGUUUAUGGUGUGCUGACUCUCGACUGAAAAUACCCUCAUAUUUCCAAGAACGCUUCUCUGUGUCUUUACAGGAAAAGGCAAUGAAAAGCAAACUCGAUCGACUUAUACAUAAAUACAAGAUCUACCAUAUCCGAGAUACACAGCUUGUUGUUGUCGAACGAUGCCUCAAGAGACCUGUUGCGACUAAGACAGCGCAAAAACAUAUUCCUUUUUUACGCCACUCUGUUUCAAAUGCGACCUGCAGUACGCCUAGUACUAAGGCUGACGCUGCUAGUGCAUUCUAUGGGGAGGUUUAUACCGCUGAUCCUACUGAUCACUCGACCAUUGACGAUUUUCUCCACAAUGUUCCUGAACAUGAUGUAUAUUCCGACAUGGACACGACUAUCUAUAGUCGUGCUCUUUUACAUGCACACCCGCCUCCAAGUCACUGGGUUAAGCAAUACCAGACUGGCCUUUUUAAAAGGCAGUUAAUUACCAAUAAUGGGCUUAUGAGCCGCAUAGCUAUGGAACAGACACAACUCUCCUCCAUUGACUCCCGAGCUUUGGAACGAUUUUGCUUUCCUGGUAUCAUUGUCCACUGUAUUUCCAAACUUUUCUUCUCUAUUGACGUAUCUGUUAAUGACAAUGCAUUUAUUUCACCUUCUAUAGAGCAACAACAGGGACUUUUCCAAGAAGAUCCAUUGUCACUCUUCCAUCUCGCCUUUGAGCCCUUGCCCUGA